AAGAAAGAAAAGCGUUGCCACCACGCAGAUACCCAAACUGGAAGUAGGACUUCCGCCAUGGCUCUACUCACCUAUUCCUCCUUCGCCUCCAUUCCCCCGCCAUCUCUUCUCCUUCGACUUCCAUCUCUUUUCGGAGCUAUCUCCCGACGCCCUCUCGAACAUAUGUCGCUGCUCUCCUCAAUCCAAGACGGCUCCGGUCCCGCCUCCCUUGUCCCCACGCCCCUCUAUGGGCGAACGCGACGCUCACCGUCGACUGCCCCUCCACGGGCGACUCCGCCUCCCGGAACUUCCCUGGAGGAUCCUGUUGGUGGUGAAAGAUUUGAAGGCCGUCGUCAAGCAGUCCGGGCAGGGGAAUCCUGUUGGUGGUGUCAAUCUCACCAUCCACGAGGGCAAAGUGUACGCGAUUAUGGGGAAGAAUGGAUCGGGGAAACUCACGUUUUCGAAGGUUCUUGUUGGCCAUCCAGAUUAUGAGGUAACUGGAAGUAGUGUUCUUUUUAAAGACCAGAAUUUGCUUGAAAUGGAGCCAGAAGAUAGGUCCCAUGUUGGGCUUUUCAUGAGUUUCCAGACCCCUGUAGAAAUAGCAGGUGUAAGCAACUUUGACUUUCUGCUUAUGGCAUUCAAUUCUCAAAGAAAUAACCAUGGGCUACCACUGGAACCCCUUGAGUUCUACAGUUUGGUGACUCCCAAAGUUGCUGCUUCAAAUAUGAAUCCGAAGUUUGUUGACAGAAAUGUAAAUGAAAUCUUCAGUGGUGGUGAAAUGAAAUGGAAUGAAAUUCUGCAACUUGCAGUAUGUAUUCUUACUCUUCUGCUGCAUGACAAAAUCAAUCCGGGUAAGUGAUGAAGAUGAGAUUCAAACUCAGGACCUUGUGAUAAACUGUAAAGGUCUUUACCAGGUUCGUGAGGCAUAUCUGGCUAUUGUAGAUGAAAUUGAUUCAGGAUUAGAUGUCGACGCACUUCGAGAUGUAGGAAAAUCAGUUAAUGGGCUGUUAACACCAAAUAAUUCUGUCUUGAUGAUCACACAUUAUAAACAUCUAUUGGAUUAUAUCAAUCCGAGCUAUGUUCAUAUAGUGGAGGAUGGCAUGAUUGUAAAGACAGGUGAUGUUUCACUAGCAAACCAACUUGAGAGGGAGGCUACAGAGGGAUGUCCAUGUCAUAAUUGUAGAGCUGGUAUAUGAUUUCAGAGGAAAUGUAUCCAACUCACACCUGUUGAAGUGGUAGAUCGACAAUCACAUGCCUUGAUGCAUCAUUUGAGAGUACUACACUACCAUUGCCAUACACGCAAACGAAGAGUAUGAUCAAAUUUUGGUAUGUAAUUAGUUGGUUGCGGAAGGUGUGCUUGUAGGUUUAAGUUGUAGUCGGUGGAUAUUUCAUGACAUAUUGUUGUAAAUCUUCUCAUAAGCUUUAUAUACUCCAAACAGAUUUGAUUAGCGUCGGAAAUUAUUUUUGUAGAAGAAAUAAUUCUCUUAAGAUGAAUAGUUGAUAUAGAACAUUCUUUGA